GGGGCUCUGGGGUGGCUGGAAGCGACCGGCGACGUGACUGGGUCCUCUGGCAGUGGUGCGACGCAAGAGAGAGAGUGAGGGAGUUAGACCGAUAAUUUAAAUUCACGGGAAGAGAGAGAGAUCUCGUCGGGGACUUACCGAAAAGGAGUGGGUUCAACCGGGUUGGGCUGGUCGGCGAUUUCUGGGCAGCCGGGGUAGUGCUCCGACGUCCUAGGGUGGUCGGUGGUGGCUGGGCAGAGUAUUAAGCUUAUGCGAAAGUGAGGUCUUCCUCCAGGUUAAAAGGGAUCACCCCCGGGUACGGGGCAUGACAGUUGGAUUGUCGUCUCUCUUGUACUGAGAAUUGAAUAACACCCCACCUAGGCCUUGUUUAUUGUUUUAUUAUCUUCUUUUUCUUUCUCGUCAUCCUUUUAUUUCGAGAAGUCUAAAUGGAUCUCUCUCCAUUCAAGCGGGACAUUGAUGAGCUUAUUAACGAGUUUGCUGAGGGUGAAUCAACAGCUUUGGCUGAUAUGAAGAGAGUAUGGAUUUCUAGGAAGUUCUCCUACAUAUACGAGGCUAGUCCUUCUACCAACUUGGCCUUCUUUAUGCAAUCAUUGUAUGCCCAUUCAAUUGGUUACAUGAUAGGUAAUGCUUCUUUAUCGCACAGAUUGGGUGGGCUCUAUUGCCUUUACUGCCUCUAUGAGACUCAGCCUUUCAAACCUCCUUUCAGAAUUUAUCUAUCCAUUGGAGAGCUGAAGAAACUUACAAACCUUGCUGUUGAUGCAAAAGGAAAAGGUCUAAAAGUGGUAUCUGCUUUGAUCAGGAGGAUGCUUGAGAAAAAUGUGUUCCUCUUUGGGUCUGUAGAAAUAAAUGAAGGUUCUGUGACGGAGACAGUGAAUCAGCUCACAGAAUUACAGAAUGCCCGCAUUCAAGCCGCACAUAAGAGGUUACUUGCUAAUACUCGAAUGGAAUACUUCCUUCACAUGGACUUGGGAAUGGAAGUUGACUUGAAUGUGGUCCAGAAAAUGUCAACAGAAUAUGCAGAGGCCAAGAAGUUAGCUAUUGAAGAAGCCAGCAAGGUGGCAGAUGUCCAAGACAUAAAGCACAUAGCAGAAGAUAAAAAUUUGAUUGGAGACACAAUGGAAAAGAUCACAGAUGACUGGAUCGUACACAAAGACAUUUUUUACCGACAAACACGAUCAAGUCAGCAUCCUCCUGAAGAACCACAGCAGUUGCUGCUACUAGAACAGCGAGAAGGACAACUGCAAGGGGAUGAAGACUUUGAUCAGGAACUGGAACGGCUCCUAUCAGAAUCAUAAUGUCAAGGGCAUCUGUAGGAGCUUCAUAAAAGGCUUGGUUUCCUCCAUUCUUGAGCAAAGUUGAGGGGCAGGGAUAAUUUAUUUUUGUUCCAGGAACGGUAGAAUGUUCAUGGUUGCCCAGGGAUGGAUGGGUUCUAGUCUGAUUAUGCCAUCUGUUUGCAGAAUUGAUUUGUACAUACAUUAAAAUGAGUGUGUAGAAUUAAAAUCUUGAAUAAUGUUUCCAUCUUAACUAUUUA